GGAGUGGGCAAGCAGACGUGGCCGCCGGGGGGGUGACGCGUGGGCAAACGCUGAUGAAGUUCAGUGCGACGUAGACGACGACGACAGCGGCGACGUGUUCCCAUUGCGUGCGCCGAACAUGGGCGGGAGGGGCGGCAGGGGCGGCAGGGGCAGCACUUCGACUAGAGCGGUGCGCAGGCGGACGAGAUCGACGACGGCCUCUGCAGACGCGGAAGGCGAGGGUGAUGGGGAAGGAGGGCGGAAUUUCUGGUCCGUAGAACACAUGGUGGCCCUAAUCAGGGGGAAGAGGGAUCAGGACGCCCAACUGCAAGCGUCAGGACACAACUUUGCUCGGAUGCGGACGAGGGAGUGGAAAUGGAUGGACGUCCGGGAGAGGCUGAAGGUCGGUGUCGACAGGCCGGCAGACAAAUGCGGGAAAAAAUGGGACAAUCUCAUGCAGCACUUCAAGAAGGUCCACGCUUUCAUGGGCAUGUCGGGGAAGGAGGACUUAUUCCAGCUGACGAGUCAGCAGAGGGCAGAGAAAGGAUUCAACUUCAACAUGGAUCGAGCCGUCUUCGAGGAGAUCAAAGAGGCGAGGGAGAGGAGCCACACUAUCAGCCCGACCAAUGUUGCAGACACUGGCGGGGCAGGGGGUGUGCAACUCCCAUCUGCACAGUCGGCGACUCCAAAAUCUGUGGGGGAUGGUGAAGCUGCCGGUGAUGGAAACGACGAAGACGACAGCUCAGCACGAGGUGGCUCACAAACGAGUGGUGGCCCGGCCGGGUUCGGGAAGAGGAAGAAUGUGCGGCAGCAAACAUUCGAGGCGUUGUCAGAGUGCAUGGACAAGCAUGGGGCGUUGAUGGCGUCGACGAUGGAGAGCGCCAGCAGGAGGCAGUGCGAGACGAUGGAGAGCGCGAGCAAGAGGCAAUGCUCCAUCCAGAUUCAGUACGGGCCGAAGGAUGUCGCGGCGGCGGGUGCCAUUGCGGGCACGUCGACGGGGGGAGCGGGAGGAGGCGGUGGUGACGGUCGUGAUGGUGAUGAUGACGACGAUCCUCUCAUCAACAGGCAAAGGCGAAUGGGAGGCGUGGCGGCUCUGGAGACGAAAGCACGGCUGUGGGUCGACGAUCAUCGUUUCUGGAACGAGACGGAGGGGCAUGGGCUGGUGAAGAUGAUACAGGAAACUCGCCUGCACCUCCUGGCCAUCGCGAAGGGUGUGAAGCCGCCGGAGAUCAGAAAAAGCAUCGUGCUGCCUAAAUCCACGAUCCCUCUGCAGAAGAUGGAAGACGAGUCCGAGCUGCAGGCCGCCAAGGAGAGGGCUGGGAGGGUGCAGACGAUAGCGUUGCGCAUCAUCCACGGGUGGCUCUUCAAGUCCCCCAAUCGCGCACGCGGUUAUCACUGCGCGUACGGGUAUGUGCUCAACCACGUGGCCACAGACCUGGGCCGCGCCAUCUGGUUGGGAGAGGACUGGCGUGUUUGCGUCAGUCCCGCCGUCAUCCACAACACUUUGGAGGCUCGUAUAAAGCUCCCCAUAUGGUACGUUGGUGGCAUCAUACACGACAGGCACGAGGACGACGAGAUGGCGUCGUAUCAAGAGUCCACAACGCAGCGUCUCGUUGGAGCUUUCACUAAUGCUGUUGACGUGGGGGAGGGGGUGGACGGCGGGCGGAUUUCGUAUGAGAGGUUGAGGAACGUCGCGGACUGCAUGCGCCUGUUGCUGUCUGCCGCCAUGUGGAUCAUGCGGAUGGCGGGUGAUAAUCUGCGCUCUCACUACGAGGCCUCCCAUCUGAUGGAGGUAGUCGCGAAACCGACACUCAUUGCGUCGCUUCAUCGCUCKUUCGACGCGCGRCGCCAUGUUCUGCAGUGCGUGAACGCCGUGACGGAGAAAAUGGGAAAGCCCCCAAUGACGUUGGUGGACUCUCCUUUGUACAUCCCCGACUGGGUUUCUUGAGACUGGAUUGGAUGGGCACCGGAUCACCCGAGAUCGACGACGAAGAGGAGGAGAAGGCAGACGAGGGGGAGGCGUGAACGCUGGUCGCGGACUGCAUGCGGCGACGACGGUGAUGCGGAUGAUGGUGAUGAUGAUGGCGACGAUGAUGAUGAUGGCGACGAUGAUGACGAAGGCGGCGAUGUUCAGAGUCUUCAGACCAACGAUGCUGAUGAUGAAGACGGCGCCGCCAAUGAUGAUGAUGGUGCUGACGACGACGACGACGAUGACGACAAUAACGAAGAUGGUGAUGACGAUGAAGACGACGACGACGACGAUGAUGAUGAUGAUGAUGAUGAUGAUGAUGAUGAUGAUGAUGAUGAUGAUGAUGAUGAUGAUGAUGAUGAUAAUGAUGAUGAUGACGACGACGACAAAGACGACGACGACGAUGAUGACGAUGACGAUGACGAUGAUGAUGAUGAGGAUGAUGAUGACGAUGAUGAUGAUGAUGAUGAUGAUGACAAUGAUGAUGAUGAUGAUGAUGUUGAUGAUGACGACGAUGAUGAUGAUGCCGAUGAUGAUGAUGAUGGUGAUGAUGAUGCCGAUGAUGAUGAUGCCGAUGAUGAUGAUGGCGCAGACGGCCAUGUUCGGUGGUCGUCUACUGUGAGGACCGGUGCUCAUACACGUCGUCGCCAGAUCCCGCGGGCUUUCAGCAACCCAGUGCAGUGUAGCUUUUUUUAGUGGACCACCGUUUUUGGCACGCCGCUGGUGCGGCAUGGAAAAUCUUUUUGAUGUUUAUGUACAGUGUUGUGUGCUUUAUAAUUUGGAAACGUGCUGUUCUACUUUCCUUCUCUUCAGCCCGGCUUGAUACUUCCUUUCUUUUGUGUUGACAUGCUUCCCGAACACAAACCGAUCGAUCCUUCCCUUCCUUUGUAUAUUGUUUAUUUUAUUUCUAUUUGUUUUUUGUUUGUUUUAUUUGGACUUUAUUUUUUAUUUUUUUUAUGCUUCACUUGUUUUCGGAAUUGUUUGUGAACAUAAAUCUGCGAUGACCAUUGAUCAUUGUCAUUUGCAUAUCGUUGUAUUUUAUCACAACACGCACUCAUAUACCAAACACUGGCAACCCUACGACGAAGAGGCAGACGAAUGAAGGCAGACACAAAAC